ACUAAUUGUUAGUCUGUGCAAAUCUGAUCGAGCGAAACGCUGCAAGUUGUAAAUCAAUACAUUUCGAUUUGUAUUUGGUUUAAUAUUGGUGGUUUGUGUGGUGUAUCGUGUGAUGGGUCGCUAGCGGCGCGGCGACAUGGCGGGCGGCGCCGAGGAGACGCUGGCCGCGCUGCUGCGCGAGGCGGAGGCGCUCAAGGCGCGCCUGGAGGAGGAGCGACAGAAGCUCAACGAUGUCACCCUGGCGUCGGUGGCGGAGCGGCUGGAGGCGGUGAACUUCCCCAACCUGAAGCCGCGGCGCGUGCUGAAGGGGCACCAGAGCAAGGUGCUGGCGGCGGACUGGGCGCCCGACAAGCGCCGCCUCGUGUCCUCCUCGCAGGACGGCAAGGUGAUCGUGUGGGACGCGUUCACGGCGAGCAAGGAGCAGACGUUCUCCAUGCCCAGCACGUGGGUGAUGGCGGCGGCGUACGCGCCCAGCGGCAACAUGGUGGCGGCGGGCGGGCUGGACAACAAGGUGACGGUGUGGGCGCUGGGCGAGGAGGGCGAGGGCGCGCGGCGCCGCACCGUGGCCACGGGCACGGCCUACAUGUCGUGCUGCGUGUUCGCGCACUCGGAGCGGCAGCUGCUGACGGGCGGCGGCGACGGCGCGUGCGCGCUGUGGGACGUGGAGUCGGGGCAGCUGCUGCAGGCCUUCCCCGGCCACGGCGCCGACGUGAGCGCGCUGGACCUGGCGCCCAGCGACGCGGGCGACACGUUCGCCUCCGCCGGCGCCGACCGCGCCGUACUGCUGUGGGACGCGCGCACGCCGCACGCCGUGCAGGCCUUCGACGCGCACGACUCGGACGUGAACUGCGUGCGCUUCCACCCGGGCGGGGACGCGCUGGCGUCGGGCGCGGACGACGCGGCGUGCCGGCUCUGGGACCUGCGCGCCGACCGCGAGGUGGCCGCCUACCGCAAGGAGGCGCUGCUGUUCGGCGUGGCGGCCGUGGAGUGGUCGGUGUCGGGACGGCUGCUGUUCGCCGGCUACCACGACCACACGGCGUGCGCGUGGGACGCGCUGCGCGUGAGCCGCGUGGCCGUGCUGUGCGGGCACGAGCACCGCGUGUCCGCCGUGCGCCGCUCGCCCGACGGCACCGCGCUCGCUACCGCCUCCUGGGACGCCACGCUCCGGAUCUGGGCUUGAACUGCGCCGGAGCCGCUCGCCGCCGACAUUCCGACACUAUUCCAGAAUAUUCAGAUAUCUCCAAUAUCUCUAUGUAUACUGUAACUGUACCCGCAACCAUUCCCCCCCCCCCCCCUCACCCCGCUAGCGACCGCUGCAGGGGCAGGCAGCACACAGUCAGUCACACUUGUUCAUUAUCACGUACGACCCUUCAGGGUGUGUGAUCUGCUUUUUGAUUACAACUUGUAUAACACUGUAUAUGUAGGUAUUUUAAGUUAAAUACCGUCUCAACUCUCUGAAUGAUUAUCUAAUAGUAACUGUGUAGUGGAGGCGCUGCGUCACAAAUUUCUCGAUCCUAAGUUAGUUAACAGAUCUUUAAUAAUUAAUUUUAAUAAAUUUGUUGAUGUGUAAGAGGAAGCGAGUGGUCGUCGCCUCACGCUAGCAACAAUACUAUAUAGUAUAACUAGCUAUGAGUGCAACAUGCUGCGGUCGCCGCGGGGCACCGGCAGAGGGCGACACUUACCAAAGAUUUUGUUAAUAUUAUUGUAAAACAGGCCGGUGGUCCGUGUGCGGCGACGACGAGGGCGUAAGGAUAUUGAUGAUACCGAUUGUAUUAAUUCUAUGUGUAGAGUAUAUGUAGCGAGUGUUGUACAUAAGCGAUGACGCGUGUUCGUAGGACACUGACCUCUAUGUGCAGUGCAGUAGAGGUCAUUGUCGUAGACGUUAUUUAUUUGUUAGCAGUGUCGGUCUGUCUGUCACAUGCAAUGUUAGAUAUAUUACCUACUUACUAGUGAAAUAAUAAAAUAAUUAACAUCAAUGUUGAAA